AAAUGAAGAACGAAGGAGACGAUAUCAUUGAAGAAAUCCAGGACCGAAUUAACAUCAUAAAGGCCAAUAUCCACACUCUACAAGCUAAUAUAGAUGAGGAUGCUCCAGCUAAUAUUAUUAGUCUCAAUAUUGAUGUGUACAACAAGAAUAAGAAGAAGAUGAUGACUUUGAUCAAUCAGAAUCUUUCCCAGCACUCACACAAGUCGAGUAACAAGUCUGUGGGCCUGGCUUCAGAGGAAAAAACUAAAACCAAAGAAACAAUUAAAAAUUUGUAUCUCUGCAAGGAUGAAGCUACCAAAAUCUGUAAUACCUUUGAGACAAAGGCAGACUUAGACUCUUUGAAAGCCAAGGUUAAAGAGUCUCAAGAAAUUAAUUUCACAAACACUGAAAGCUUAGAGAAGCUAAUGGGAGAUUACAGAGAAGCAGCUCUUGUAAUCAAUCAUGAAAAUAGGAAACAAAAAGCUCUUGAUGAGAAAGGAGAAGAAUAUAAAAGUGGAGAGAAAUAUAACUCAGGAAAGAAAAAUAAAGAGAAAGGUAUCCCAAAGAGUCUGAGAAUGGUCGAUCUUGAAAGUGAAAAAUAUCAACAACAGCGCAAGAAGAAGUUAGAAACAAUUCCUCAUGAGGAAAAUGAAUCAAAUGAGAACCUUAACGAUAGGACAUGAAUGAGAUGAACUAUUUUUUAA